AUGUCCUUUCAACGUGUCAAGUUGGAGACAUUCUCCGAGACGUUUUCUGAUGCAACCGAAUUGUCCAGUGUGGCGAUUGGUGGACAAAUCGUUGCCUUUUCAGAUGAAUUCUUUGCCGAGGCAUUCCAUCUACUGCUUGUAGAGCCGGCUCCUAGCUUGAAAGGUCAGUUCGGCCCAAAGGGAGCAUUAUUCAGUGGUUGGGAAACGCGGAGACAUAAUCCGACUCAUGACUGGGUGAUCAUCAAGCUUGGGACCACCGGAACUAUCUCAGGCUUUGAUGUUGAUACCUCACAUUUCAACGGAAACGAAGCGCCGCAAGUUUCUAUAGAGGCGUUGCAGCUGUCCAUCGGGGAAGACCCUCCCAACAAUGAUGACUCCAGGUGGAAGGAAAUCCUUCCCAAGGUCGAACUAGGUCCUAGCGCAAGGCACCUGUUCACAAUUCCAAAGACCGAAAGUGCGAAUUAUGUCAAGCUCAACAUGUAUCCUGACGGUGGCAUUGCUCGUUUCCGCGUGUAUGGUCACGUCGUCCCCAUUCAUCCAGUAUCAAAAGACGAAUUGUUUGAUCUCGCUCACGUCUUUGCCGGAGGCCGUGUUGUGUACACAUCUGACCAACACUUCGGUGUAGGCUCCAAUUUGAUCCUUCCCGGUCGAGGAAAGGACAUGGGUGACGGCUGGGAGACAAAGAGAAGCCGGCAGCCAGGCCACAAGGACUGGGUCGUGAUCAAGCUCGGCGCACCUGGAUCAUUAUCACACGCAGUCAUUGAUACUGCGCAUUUCAAGGGCAAUUUUCCUCAAUCCUGCGAAUUGCACGCUAUAUUUAGCACCUCUGACAUUCCACCCCACUCCCCGUCGCAUGCGCCACCACUUUCCAGCUUUCCAGUCUCCGAGGUUAAUGCAACGACAUCUGUUGAAGAUCAGUGGACACUGGUACUUCCUCGGACAGUCCUUGGGCCUCACAGAGAGCACUCCUUACAAUUACAGAAUGUUGAAAAACCAAAGUUUACACAUGUGAGGCUCACUAUAUUCCCUGACGGUGGCGUCAAACGGGUGCGAAUCAUCGGAGAAAAAGGAGAUGGAACAGGCGAAGUUCCAGUUAUAAACGCUGCAUUUGACAUUCAAGAAUCAAAGGCUCCGAUACCAAUCUCAACCGAUGAACUACCAAAGGGGCGUUCCAUCCCUGCUUUGCCCUUGACUCCUGAGGCGUUCGCACCCUUCGGUCAAGUUAUCCAGUCAUAUCCCGAUCCGCAUUCUAUUCCAAAUCCACGCACAACGAAAAUCACUCCCGCCAAUUUCGGUACAGCGACCAAGUACCACAAACUCGCUCUUCUCGAGAGCACCUAUUCCGCUGCGCUUGGCGCGACAGCGGGCAUCUCAGUGUACAGAUGCCAGCCCGUAGUCAAGGGUCCCAGGGGUGAGGUGGAGGUGAGGGCGCUGGAGCGCCAUCCAUACACCAAUCAAGCGUUCCUGCCUUUGGGCGGUAGUGAUGCGAAUCAUUACUUAGUCGUAGUCGCGAAGAACGGGGAGGACGGCUGCCCAGACCUCCACAGUAUGCGUGCUUUCCUUGCUCAUUCAGGGCAAGGGAUCGUCUAUGGCACCGCGGUUUGGCAUCAGCCAAUGACCGUGUUGGAUGGAGUAAUGGAUCUUGCAUGCGUGGAGACACAGAUUGGCAACGGCGACAAGGCCGACUGCGAAGUCAUCGAGCUAGAGUCAGGAAAGGAAGGAUUUGUACAGGUGCAGAUCCUCUCUUUGCAUUCAUGA